CCCGGCUGCGCGCGCUCUGCCCCGGGGUCCGACGUUUAUAGCUUCUUCGCUGACCAGCCACAAGCGGCUACGGUGCAGGGGGUCGCGAUGCCGGUGCUGAAGGUUGCUGCAGAGCGGUGGAGCGUGGAGGAGGCGAGCGCGCCGGCCUCGUCCCACUCUCGCUUCGUGCUGGGGCUGGACGUGGGCAGCACGGUGAUCCGCUGCCACGUCUAUGACCGGACGGCGCGGGUGCGAGGCUCCAGCGCGCAGAAGGUAGAAACUAUUUACCCCCAACCUGGCUGGGUUGAGAUCGACCCUGACGCUCUCUGGACUCAGUUUGUUGCUGUAAUAAAAGAUGCUGUCAAAGCCGCAGGAGUGCAGAUGAAUCAGAUUGCCGGUCUCGGCAUAUCGACACAGAGAGCCACUUUUAUCACGUGGAACAAGAAAACAGGACACCACUUUCACAACUUCAUUAGUUGGCAAGACCUAAGGGCAGCUGAACUUGUAAAGUCGUGGAAUAAUUCUCUCAUAAUGAAGCUACUGCGUGGUGUGUGCGGAGUCCUUCACUUUUUCAGUAGAAGCAAGCUCAUGUCAACGAUCAGCCACUUCUAUUUCUCCACCCAGCAUGCUACCUUGAGAUUGAUCUGGGUUUUACAAAACCUAUCUGAGGUGAAAAGGGCAGUUGAAGAAAACAACUGCUGCUUUGGGACAAUUGACACCUGGCUGUUAUAUAAGCUCACAAAAGGUUCUUCGUUUGCCACGGAUUAUUCAAAUGCCAGUACAACUGGAUUUUUUAAUCCAUUUAGGAUGUGUUGGAGCAAGCUCCUGGCCACCAUACUUUCCUUACCACUCUCUAUCCUGCCACCUGUGAAGGAUACAAGCCAUAAUUUUGGAUCAGUGGAUGAAGAGAUAUUUGGUGUGCCUGUACCAGUUGUUGCCUUGGUUGGUGACCAGCAGUCAGCCAUGUUUGGUGAAUGCUGCUUCCAGAGGGGAGAUGUGAAACUAACUAUGGGAACCGGGACGUUUUUGGACAUUAAUACAGGAAACAGCCUGCAGCAUGCUAAUGGAGGCUUUUAUCCACUCAUUGGAUGGAAGAUUGGGCAAGAAGUUGUAUAUUUAGCUGAAAGCAAUGCAGGAGACACGGGUACCGCUAUAAUAUGGGCUCAAAAAUUAGAUCUUUUCAGAGAUGCUGCUGAGACUGAGAAAAUGGCCCUGAGUCUGGAAGAUUCUGAAGGGGUUUGCUUUGUCCCAUCUUUCAGUGGAUUACAGGCCCCAUUGAAUGACCCCUGUGCCUGUGCCUCUUUUAUGGGUUUGAAGCAUUCCACUAGUAAACACCAUCUCGUCCGAGCAAUACUAGAGUCAAUAGCCUUCAGGAACAAACAGUUAUAUGACAUGCUGCAGAGGGAAAUCCAGAUUCCGGUCACAAAUAUCCGGGCGGAUGGAGGAGUCUGUAACAACACUUUUAUCAUGCAGAUGACUUCAGACUUGAUUAAUGAGAAGAUAGACAAACCUGCCCACUUCGACAUGUCCUGCUUGGGUGCAGCCACACUUGCUGGCCUUGCUGUGGGAUUUUGGUCUGACAAGGAAGAACUACAGAAGCUGAGGCAAAGUGAAACAGUUUUCAAGCCUCAGAAGAAGUGGCAGGAAUAUGAAGCAAAUAUGGAGAACUGGGUGAAAGCUGUGACUCGCUCCAUGAACUGGUAUAACAAGACGUAGCACCAAGGAGCCGUUGACAG